AAGCGGAAAGCGCAUGAAGAAGAAACGGCCAAAAAGAUCUUAAAACAUCAUUGUCUUGGCGAUAAAAUCAGCCAGAGAUUCAGUGUGCUCUGACCGCUCGACUCGAUUAGACAACACAUCUAAGUUCAGCACCAUGGCGGAUGAGAAGAAGAAGGUUAAGAAGAAGAAGACCAAGGAAGAGGGUGGUACUUCCGAAACCGCUUCCGAGGCAGUGUCUGAGGCAGCAACCCCCGCACCUGCUGCAACUCCUGCCCCAGCUUCUGCCACUGGUUCGAAGAGGGCGUCAGGCGGCUCUCGUGGCUCAAAGAAAUCGAAGCGCGCCGGUUCCUCCGUGUUCUCUGUCUUCUCCCAGAAGCAGAUUGCCGAAUUCAAGGAAGCCUUCCAACUCAUGGAUGCCGACAAGGACGGUAUUAUUGGCAAGAACGAUUUGCGCGCCGCCUUCGACUCUGUCGGCAAGAUCGCCAAUGACAAGGAGUUGGACUCCAUGCUGAGCGAAGCGUCCGGUCCAAUUAACUUCACCCAAUUGCUGACCCUGUUCGCCAACCGUAUGGCCACCUCUGGUGCCAACGAUGAAGACGAUGUUGUUAUUGCUGCCUUCAAAACAUUCGAUAACGAUGGUCUCAUCGAUGGUGAUAAAUUCCGCGAAAUGCUCAUGAGCUUCGGUGACAAAUUCACCAUGAAGGAAGUCGAUGAUGCCUUCGAUCAGAUGGUCAUUGAUGACAAGAACCAAAUCGAUACCGCAUCCCUGGUUGAAAUGCUCACCGGCAAGGGUGAAGAGGAGGAAGAGGAAGCCGCCUAAGCAGCAGCAGACCCGUACACAUCCUAACUCUAACUCAGCAUCCAUAUUACAGCCAAAAAAAAAAACUUACAAAAAACUUUUAAAAUCGUCAAAAAAAAAAAUAAACGUAAUUAAAAGAAAUGCUCGUUUUACAUAUGUAAAUUUUAAAUAUUUAUAUAAUCUCUUUUUGUUAACCAAAAACACCAACCAACCAAAAAACAAACAACACCAUUUAAUACUCUUAACUUCUUCAACAAACAAAAAUCGAACUUGGUACAAGGACCAACAUUUAAUCCAAGUGCCAAGUUCCACGUAUCAUUUUAGGGAUACUUUAAUUUCAAAAAUGUCAAAGCGCCAUCUUGACAGCUAGUUUUCUAGUUGAUUUACUAUUAAAUUUUACACGUAAAAUUUAUAAAUAA